UGGCCAUGCGCACAUCCGAUGAAGAAGCCAGGUACUCUUCUACAUUCAGCAUACCCGCCGCCGCCGGGGCUGCUGCGACGAGGAGCACCUGUCACGCACCGGCGGCAGUCCCAGCAGGCUAUUCCGGCGCCCUUCAUGUCAUCCGGGCCGCCCACCGCCGACACGCCGAUGCCCCAUCAUCAGGGGCAGCUCGGUAUGUUCCAUGGCCAGCACGGCGGAUCCAGGCCGCUGUUCUGUCCGCCAGGGAGCUACCCAAGUGCCGCCGAUGCCAUCGCGUCCAGAAAUCAGCAGCGUUUCACCGCCAACAGUGCCGUCUAUGCCCCAAGCCGGCGCAUAUGGAAUCCAAAUUCAACACUAAUGACUAUGUUCUACAACGGCGCAGUCAACAUGUUCGACGUCCCGGUGGACAAGGCCCGGGAGAUUAUGGUGUUAGCAAGCAGGACAUCUGUUUCAAGCCCACCCAGUGCACUUGCAGUGCAGAAACCUGGGUGUCAUGUCUCUGACAAUGCUGCAAGAGUGCCCGUGCCUGAGCCGAGGCAUGUGUCGGUCAUUUCAAGUCCAAUCCCCGCCGUGUCACAAGCUCCGACGAUCUCCAAGCGCAUACCAGGCUACCAAAAUUACACCCCAGCUCCAACAACAUCUUCAGGCAUACCAUCAUCAGUUGUUCCACCACCAAGUCAGGCAUCCUCAGCUCAACGGAUGCAACAAGCAUCUCCUGCUGUCGCAGCAGCUAUUAAGCCAAUUGCUGUCCAUCAAUCUCGGAAAGCAUCUCUCGCACGAUUUUUAGAGAAGCGAAAAGAAAGAGUUUCAAGUGUCACACCGUACCCAUUGUCAAAGAGCCCGCUAGUGAGCAGCGGCACCUUUGGUAGUGCGAGCACUCCAAGCAGGUUAUCUAGCGCAGACAAUGCUCCACCCAGCAACAACUGCCAAGAGUCUAUGAGCAAGGACAUGUACAAUGGCGCUAGCUUAGGGUGGUUAUUGAGUUGGAAUGAGAGAUAGAGAGAUUUUUCUAUUGUAUGCGAUUAUUUUUUUCUUUAGUUACAUAUUUUCUCACGUUAUAUAUUUUCUAGUUUAGUUUUAGUCAGACUAUAUUUUUAGGAGCAAGCUACCAUUAAAAGUUAGAGAUAGCAAUAAGAGAUAAACCAUGUUGUAUAACAUAUAUUUUUUCUUCUCUAGAUGUUUUGCAAUGCAUAAUGGAUCUGUAUUUAUACUGCUUGUUUA